AUGUCCGCGAACCUUGCAAGACUCAAUGCCACAAUUAAGUUUCAGUUCCUAUACAACAAGAACAAGCUUCUCAAAGCCGAAAAUUCGCACCUGAAGUUGCAACAGAAAGAUGCAGAUGAGCAAUUGCGAUGCAUCGAAGCGCAGGUCGGCAUUGAGUAUAUUCAAGCUGGUGAUGAUGCAGAUGUUGAGAAUGAUGAGGGUGAGCAGAUAGAUGAUGGUGGGCAGCAAUCUAGCACAAAUGUGAAGGUGGAGAAGGAUGAUCAGCAGCAUGCAAGUGAUGAUGCACUGAAGAGCAAAAUAUUCAAAGACCUAGUAGGCGAAAGCUUCAAAAUUCUGCUAGGCCUCCAGAAACUCGAUGCACAGCACUUACCUGGCUACCCAAUGGGUAUCGGAGAAGGGACAGAUAAAUGGCCGAAAGAUCCUGCUACAGGGAAAGACUUGAUUCGCUUUGACUGGCGGGUAGGAAAGCACGAUGACAGUAUCAACACAGCAGGUUUGCAGAGGGUAGUGGAUCGGAUCCGUCUUGUGGGACCACAGAUGGGAGAUGCAAUGAAGGGAAUUCUCCUUGCGAUCCUUCCUGGCCAAAUUGAAAAAAGUGUGCAGUCAAAAUAUAUGCGAAUGGCGGGUGAAUACAGAAAAGCGGACAAGAAAAGGAAGCGAGUAGAUGAAGAUGAUGACCUGGGGGAUGACGUGGAGAUUGUUGAUGGAGGUUUGGAUCGUGCGCACAUGAAUUCACGUGUUCAAUCAAAACUUGAUGCGCACAAGAGGAAAUGCAGAUCAAAUGAAUGUGAUGAGAAGUGGCAAGACCCUAAAUACGACUCAGCAUUCAUUUUAAAUGCGAUGUCAGAUGAUGAAGAUGACCCAGAACAGCAUCCAGGUGAAGCACGCACCUUCUUGACAAUGGAGCCAGAAUGGCGAAGCCUUGAGUUGUCCGCGCUCUUUGCAGCCAUAGAUGAGGUAAAAGACCCGCGACCUGACCAAGCCAAGUUAGUGAAGCAGUGGAGAAGAGCAGCUGAACAAAAGACAGGCCCACCACCUCUUGCACGAACCUUGGCCACACAUAUACAUUCAUGGAUGGUCAAGACUGUAAUCCUUGAGGAAAAUGCAGACUGGUUUGACUCUGGGUGUGUUGCUCACAGUGGUGAAGCAUGGGGUGAAGAGGAGCCAAGGGAGCUGGUGAAGGAUAGGAAAGGAAAGGGGAAGGCUCAGGACUCCAGAACUGCCAAGAAGGUGAUUGUGUGCCAACGAAACACUGUCAAUGAGGCUAGUAUGAGCGUGCUUGAGACUGCGCAGCAAAAGCUUGGCAAAAUUCUUGAAGGUAUUGAUGAUGUUGAUAUUUUAUUCAACUAA